AUGGGCAAAGUACGUGCUCGUACUAAUAAUGCUGCUACUCAAACAGAGGCUAGAAAUGCUGUCUUUAAGUUCAAUAAAGAUUUUGGCCAGCACAUCUUGAAGAAUCCUCUUGUCGCACAAGGCAUUGUUGACAAAGCUGAUAUAAAACAAUCAGACACAGUACUCGAAGUUGGUCCCGGUACUGGUAACCUGACGAUGCGUAUGCUCGAAAAGGCGAAAAAAGUCAUUGCCGUGGAAAUGGAUCCUCGUAUGGCUGCGGAAUUGACAAAACGUGUACAAGGAACUCCUUAUGAAAAGAAGUUGCAAGUGAUGUUAGGAGAUGUUGUCAAAACGGAUCUUCCCUAUUUCGAUGUUUGUGUCUCUAACACUCCAUACCAAAUCUCUUCACCUUUGGUUUUCAAAAUCCUUCAACAAAGACCAGCUCCCCGAUCAAGCAUUUUGAUGUUUCAGCGUGAGUUUGCUUUGCGUUUGAUUGCUCGGCCAGGCGACGCUUUGUACUGUCGCUUGUCUGCAAACGUUCAAAUGUGGGCACACGUGAAACACAUCAUGAAGGUUGGUAAAAACAACUUCAGACCUCCUCCUCUUGUAGAAUCGAGUGUCGUUCGUAUUGAACCGAAGAAUCCACCUCCUCCAAUUCCGUUCGAAGAAUGGGAUGGUCUUUUGCGAAUCAUCUUUACGAGGAAAAAUAAAACUGUCGGUGCUUGUUUCAAAUCGGGAUCCGUAUUAGAAUUGAUGGAGAGAAACUAUAGAACUUGGUGCUCUCAGAACGAACGAAUGAUCGAAGAUAACUUUGAUGUUAAAGCUCUAAUUGACCAAGUCCUUACAAGCGUCAAUCUUCAAGAUGCUCGUGGAUCAAAGUGUGGUGAAACUGACUUUUUGGCUCUACUGCAUGCUUUCCAUCAAGUUGGUAUUCAUUUUGCAUAA